AUUAACGACUAAAUCCCUUAUCCAGCCGCUGCAUUCGGUUUUUAACAGCCUAAAGCAUCGGCCGAACCGAUAUUCCACAGGCCGAACUAAAAAGCAUGGAGGAGGCGGCAGGUGGGAUGACGAUGCUGCAGCAGCAACAACACGGGGCUUCGAGUCCUCUCUUCCCCGACCACCCGCCGCUGCCGCUGCCGCCGCCGCCGUCGCAGUUGCACCUGAAGCCCCCCGCAGCGCCUAGAUCUCUCGGCGAACCCUUCCACUCCCGCUCCCGCUCCCAGCCUGCGGCCUGCUUCUCCUUCGACUCCUCGCCCACCACCUCCCUCUCCGACUCCCUCUCCAUGGACGACCACGACAUCGCCCAGGUCGCCGCCGCCGACAGCGACCUUCCGCCUCGCGGGGCCCACCGGCGAUCUCAGAGCGACGUGCCCUUCGCCUUCCUGCCUCCUCUGCCCCUGCCACCCGGCGCCGGAGUCAAGAUGGAGGUCCAGUGGGACCGGGGGUUCGACGGCGAAGAUUUGUUCAGCACCUACAUGAACUUGGAUGGCUUCGACAUGCUCACGGACGGCAGAGAGAACGAGGCGGAGAGCAACUCGUCGGGGGCGGUGCAGCGGGGCGCCGCCGGGGACCCUGCUCUGGUUACGGCGGCUUCCCGGCAUUGCAGGAGUCUCUCGAUGGACAGCUUCAUGAGGAAGUUCAACUUCGAGGAGGAGGAAUCAGCAAAGCUGCAGCCGCCUCGCGGAUCGCGAGCAAGAUCGAGCGCUAAGCUGGUCAAUUCUAUGGGCACGGAGCCUAGCACCUUCAGCUUGGAUUUUGGUAACGGCCAAUUUACGCCGCCCGAGAUGAAGAAAAUCAUGGAGAACGAAAAACUCGUGGAGCUGGCAAUGGCGGAUCCCAAACGUGUUAAAAGGAUACUAGCGAAUCGACAGUCAGCUGCGCGAUCCAAGGAGCGAAAAAUGCGAUACAUUGCAGAGUUAGAACACAAAGUGCAGCUGUUGCAGACAGAAACCACCGCUAUGUCAGCACAGUUCACGUUGUUGCAAGUGAGUUGUUCAUCUCUACUGCUACUACUACUACUAUUAUUAUUUUUAAUUGAGUUUCUAUUACUUUCACUGCAGAGGGACUCAGCUGGACUUGUAAAUCAGAACAAUGAGCUCAAGUUCCGACUUCAAUCGAUGGAGCAACAAGCACAACUUAGAGAUGCUUUAAAUGAGGCAUUGACUGCAGAAGUUCAACGACUGAAACUUGCUGCAAGUGGGCUUGUAGAUGCUCAUGAUUCAACCAACACCAACCAACAAACAUCACUUAACGCUCGAACAAUGGAUUGCAGACAAGAUCAAUGAUCCCAUCAAGGUGGAAGGUUGCUAUGUACAGGGCUUCAUCAGUUACUUAGUUGGGCGUUUCUUCCAAUCGAUUAUCUUGAUGUGCUCAUUUGUUCAAUUUAUCAAGAUUGACAUAUUCUUUUAAAUGUUGAAAAUUUGUAUUUUGGAUUGUUGUUGAUCAUAUAGACAUAUCAAAGUUUUCAAACUAGUAUGAGAUGGUUGGUUUGAGGAAUGCAUGUGCCAUGCAAAUUUGACAGUCAUUAA